AUGCUUAGUGAAGAAAAUAUAGAGUUAUCCAAGAGUUAUAUUAAUAAUUGUGAACAAAUUGAAUCAGCCGUGAACGUAUUACUUAAUAUUAUUGAAGAGGAUUUAAAAGAAUAUUCUGUAUUGACAACAACAAAAAACAAUAUGAAAACGGUUGGUCUAAGCAUUUGUUCGCCAACAAAGUUAAUGGAACUUGAAGCGCUAACCAGAAGGUUAUCCUCCUUGAAAACAAAAUGUCAUGAUGAGUUUCUCCUGCAGGGAUAUUUGAAAAAAAAGAUUCAAGAAUUGAACACAGUUAAUAAAUGUGGAAAAUUUGAACAGAAAGAAUACUCUGUAUGUUUCCAACUGGAACAACUGCAUGCUGACUGUUUUCAAAUGGACUAUGACAUACAAAAAAUACAAAAAUCAAUUUUAAAAUAUUAUGGAACAAGAUCGUCUUAUGCUGAAGCUGAGAAAAGAUGUAAUGACCUGAAGGUUGUGAGCAGUUCAGAAGAAUUCCAGAAAUGUUUGUAAGUGUUUGAAUAUUGUCCUGUUACAUUUGUUGCUCGUGCUCUUUUCAAUUUUAUCAGUGGGAAGAACUGUGU